CCCUGCUCCUGCCCCUCCUUUUGCCCCCACUCCUGCCCCUGCUUUUCCCCCUGCCCGUGCCGGCCCCCGGUAGACGCGUGCUCAGGACGAGGAUCCCGAUGCUGGAGGCGCCCCACCGCAGGGCCGCUGCUGGGCGAGCACCCGCACGGGUUCCCAGCAGGUCCCAGUGAGGCCGGCGCCAUCGCCUCGCUUGUCGCAGCUCCUCGGUCGCUGGCCUUCACGGGGGGUCCUGGGCCAGGGCCUGCGAAACGCCUUGGCGCGACCCACAGGGGCUGGCGGGUGCCUCGUCCCUGCCCUCGCCCCGCCUGGCACCGAGGUCGGUGUUGGGAUCCCUCGGGCAGCUCGGUGAUGGUUCUGCAAAGGUCGGUGCUGGGGCUGGCUCUGACAGACCUGCCCCACCUGCCUGCGAGCGGCCGCCGCUGUGCCGCGUCCGUGUGACCGUUAGCUUGGUGCCAGGACGGAUUUACACCGGGUGUAAAGGAAACUCACGCGGCCCUCCGUCACUGCGAAGGUGCCGCGGGCUUUUUGUGCGUCCCCAGAGAGCAGGCGCUGUAAAUCUUGGAUCCUCCGGCACGUCCUUCUCCGUCCGCGGGGCGAGGAUGUCUGAUGGCUCCCGGGCGGCGCUGAGGCUGCUCUGCUGGAAGAGAGAUGGGGAAAAGGUACUUCUGUGAUUACUGCGACCGCUCCUUCCAGGACAACCUCCACAACAGGAAGAAACACCUCAACGGAGUGCAGCAUCUCCGGGCUAAGAGGGCCUGGUACGACUUGUUCCGAGAUGCUGCUGCCAUCCUGCAAGAGGAGCAGAGCAAGAAACCGUGUCGGAAGUUUCUGCAAACAGGGGAGCAGCGGCUGAAGGAGCUGCGGCAGGAGGGAGCUGAUGUCCCGCUUGGCACCAUCGAGGACUGGCUGGAGAAGAGGGCAAAGAGGCUGAGCGCGGCACAGAGCAACAGCGCCCUGCCUGAGAAACCAGUGCCCUUCCAGUACCCGCCGGGCUGGCCGCCGCCUCAGGAGCUGCCCCCGUCCCUGCAGGCCCCCCCGGCUGGGGGGUGGCCGCUGCCCCCCGACCUGCAGUGGGGCUGAGGCGCCCUGCUGGGGCUGGACGUCGCCCUCGCCUGAGAAAGGCACUGAAUUAUUGACAUAUGCUUUUAUUUUAAUAAAAUUGUCCCCCCCCCC